UUUCAACUUGUUUCUCCCUCUGUCCCUUACACAAUGCCCCCUUCUCUCUCACCGCCGCUCUAUACAGAACACGGGAGCGCUACAACUGUACAAAGUCUCGUAUCAAACACAAUCUCUUAAAACAAAACUCAGAUACUUUUUUAUUGUUCAGUUUUCUGCAAAUCUCUCUCUCUCUCUGUCUCUCAGUGUCUCUCUGGUCAUUGCUGAAUGGACACUAGAAAACUACUACCCCUUUUGAGAGCUUGUAUGAAUUCCAAGUCACUGAAGCAAGGCAAGCUCAUUCAUCAGAAAGUUGUAACUUUGGGCUUGCAAAAUGAUAUUUUCUUGUGCAAGAACUUGAUUAACCUGUAUCUUUCUUGCCAUUUGUAUGAUCAUGCAAAGUGUGUUUUUGAUAACAUGGAAAACCCAUGUGAGAUAUCCUUGUGGAAUGGCCUGAUGGCAGGUUACACUAAGAAUUACAUGUAUGUGGAAGCCCUAGAGCUUUUUGAGAAGUUGUUACACUACCCUUACCUAAAACCUGAUAGUUAUACUUACCCUAGUGUUCUUAAGGCUUGUGGGGGGCUGUAUAAAUAUGUUUUGGGAAAAAUGAUUCAUACAUGUUUGGUAAAAACUGGUUUAAUGAUGGACAUUGUUGUUGGAAGCUCUCUUGUGGGUAUGUAUGCAAAAUGCAAUGCAUUUGAGAAAGCCAUAUGGCUGUUCAAUGAAAUGCCUGAGAAGGAUGUGGCAUGCUGGAAUACAGUGAUUUCUUGUUAUUAUCAAAGUGGAAACUUCAAAGAGGCCCUAGAAUAUUUUGGCCUAAUGAGAAGAUUUGGAUUUGAGCCUAAUUCGGUUACAAUCACAACUGCUAUUUCAUCUUGUGCUAGACUUUUGGAUUUGAACAGGGGAAUGGAAAUCCAUGAGGAGUUGAUCAAUAGUGGGUUUCUGCUGGACAGUUUCAUUAGCUCUGCUCUUGUUGACAUGUAUGGAAAAUGUGGUCAUCUAGAAAUGGCCAUAGAGGUUUUUGAGCAGAUGCCUAAAAAGACUGUUGUUGCUUGGAAUUCCAUGAUUAGUGGAUAUGGUUUGAAAGGUGACAGCAUAUCAUGCAUUCAACUUUUUAAGAGGAUGUACAAUGAAGGAGUCAAGCCAACUUUGACUACCUUAAGUAGUUUAAUAAUGGUUUGUUCACGAUCAGCCCGACUACUAGAGGGGAAGUUUGUGCAUGGAUAUACAAUACGAAACAGAAUACAGUCUGAUGUUUUUAUUAAUAGUUCACUCAUGGAUCUAUAUUUUAAAUGUGGAAAGGUAGAGUUAGCUGAAAACAUCUUUAAAUUAAUACCAAAGUCCAAGGUAGUUUCUUGGAAUGUUAUGAUUUCUGGAUAUGUGGCUGAAGGGAAACUUUUUGAAGCCCUUGGCCUCUUUAGUGAAAUGAGAAAAUCGUAUGUUGAACCUGAUGCUAUUACUUUUACCAGUGUUUUGACAGCUUGUUCUCAACUAGCAGCACUAGAAAAAGGUGAAGAGAUUCACAAUCUGAUUAUUGAGAAAAAAUUGGACAACAAUGAAGUGGUUAUGGGAGCUCUACUUGAUAUGUAUGCAAAGUGUGGUGCUGUAGAUGAAGCAUUCAGUGUUUUUAAAUGUUUGCCCAAAAGGGAUCUGGUGUCCUGGACUUCCAUGAUUACUGCUUAUGGGUCUCAUGGUCAGGCCUAUGUAGCUUUGGAGCUUUUUGCUGAAAUGCUGCAGUCCAACAUGAAACCUGAUAGGGUUACUUUUCUUGCUAUAUUAUCUGCUUGUGGCCAUGCUGGGUUGGUUGAUGAAGGGUGCUAUUACUUCAAUCAAAUGGUCAAUGUUUAUGGCAUUAUACCUAGAGUUGAACAUUAUUCAUGCUUGAUUGAUCUUCUUGGACGUGCUGGAAGAUUGCAUGAAGCAUAUGAGAUUCUGCAACAAAACCCUGAAAUCAGGGAUGAUGUUGAGUUGUUAAGCACAUUAUUUUCUGCAUGCCGUCUGCACAGAAAUAUUGAUUUGGGAGCUGAAAUUGCAAGAACGCUUAUUGAUAAGGAUCCUGAUGAUUCAUCAACCUAUAUUCUCUUGUCAAAUAUGUAUGCUUCUGCACAUAAGUGGGAUGAAGUACGUGUGGUGAGAUCAAAGAUGAAAGAGCUUGGAUUAAAGAAGAAUCCAGGGUGUAGUUGGAUUGAGAUUAACCAGAAGAUCCUUCCUUUCUUUGUAGAAGACAAUUCACACUUGCAUCUAGAGCUUGUUUUUAAAUGCCUUUCAUAUCUCUCUGAUCACAUGGAAGAUGAGUCUAAACCAUUUACAUAUCAUUUUGAUGUUGAAACACUGAGAUUAUAUUAGUUUUCAAAUUUGCAAAGGAGGAUAAGCUUGGGAGCUGGACAUCUCAUUGGGGGUAUUGUUUAUUUUAUGCAGCUAUAUGAUGUGGGCCUCAUUUGUUUUUUCGAAGAAAAACAGUUUUUUCUGGUUCAUUGGUCGUUGGUCCUUUUGUUAAUAUUUCCCGUUAAUUUGGCAUUUUGUAUGAAUUGGUGUACAAUUUUGAUGAAUUGUCCUCUAGAGAUCGUGCUCUAGUGGAGAAGUUAUCCCAAAAAAUGGGGCUUAGUUGUACAUUUUCCGGGCGUGGGAUUAGAAAGAAAUCAUCUGUUCACAAAACCAAAAAGGAGGUUGACACCACUAGGAUGUUGGGUAGUCUUCCUCAUGUCACAUUUCCUGAAGAGUCAAAUCAGUGAAAAUGCAGAAUAAAAAGGAGAUGGAGCAUCCCCAGCAUCAAAACCCAUUGUUGAUGAAUCAACAAGGAUAGAGAUUUCCCAGACAUAAGAAUUUUUUUUAGCAUCAAAGGAUGAAGUGUACAAUUUUGAAGCGAACUGAAGAAUGUGUUGCAGUGCAUCAAUUAUCCCAGAAAACGGGGUUUAGAGUAAAAAAUUCGGGGUAUUAAACAGAAAGUAUCUGUUCACAAAAUUGAAAAGAAAAUUCACACCACUACCAAGUUGGAGAAUCUUCCUUGUUUCACAUUUUCUAAAGAGUCAAAUCAGGUGUUAGGAGGUUUAUUAAUCCGUUAUCUAUCUGGUGAUGAAGUACUUUGGGGAGAGAUGAUUGGAGCAUAUAGUGACCCUACCGACAGAACAAAACAAAAGGCUUGGUUGAAUAGUCAUUCUGUAAAUUCGAAGUUGUCACCACAGAAAACUUUUGAUUGCUCUUUAGUUGUAUAUGAUGAGAAUGAGAUUACUAUCAACGACUGCAGCAUGUGGAUAAGGAACUGUACUGUUGUUGGACUACUUCCAUUAUUCUUGCUUUCCAAAGAGAUCGCUGUUGCUCUAGCAAAGGAUUGUACAGAGGGACACGAGUCUAUAUCUUCUGAUAAUUUAGUUAGAGUAAUCAUAUAGAUCGGUGGCUUUAUUUUGAGUCAACAGCACUUGAUGCUUCUCAGAUGAACUACGUGAGAGAGUGAUUAUCAGCAGCAAUUUUAUACAAAAGUGACACAUUCAACCGAUGUUCUUCCUCAUAUUCUACUGUCUGCUGUGGAUGCCUUAGCUUGCAUUCUGUCCCGUCAUGGGCUUUCUGGCAUACCACAGACCUCAGAUUGUGCUAACACACUGACUUCUAUAAAUGCUACAAAUCCAAAAGAAUUCCAAACACAGCUUAUAAAUCAAGAUGCACCCCAGAUCAAUCCUUCUGAAGUUAAGGCAUCUGAACCUGAGGCCAUCGAAAAUCCGAGUAACUAAACUAUUCAAAGCUUGCUCAACCCCAACAAUGAAUACAGAUAAGACUCCUGAUUCCUGAAGGAUUUUGUACUGGGCUUAUAAAUCACAAUGGCGUGCCUUCUUCUGGAACUAUCCAAUGGCACAGAAAAUCCAGGUGAUCCUCCUACAAGUCAGAACACUACAACAGGUUCAGCUUGCUCCAUCCAGUCAGCACAUAUAAAUGAUGAUGCAACCAUGACUGAUGUGACACCUUCUAAAGAUCCAGAUCCAACAAUAUGGUGGGAUGUUUCAAAAGGGGCCACUAUCAAAUGAUUUCAGUUGAGUGAACCUUUCCUGAGGUGGGAUGGAUCAAAGCUAAUGUAGAUGGGUCCUAUAAGGCUCUGCAACAUCUUACUAGCAGUUCAGCAGUUUUUCGUGAUUCCACAGGUUCUUGGUGUUUUGGGUUCGCGCUAAAUCUUGGAAACUUGUCUUGCGGGUAACCCUUGCUUAAAUUAAGUGAAUUUGAGGAUUCUGUUAGGAUCUUUAGUGUGACUUUGAUUAUAGAAGAGCAUGUGUUUAUUAGGUGUGACAAACUGCAAUAUCUUUUUUUUUUUCCCUUCAUUUUGUGUUAGAUCAUUGGAUUCCGCAAAGCCUUGUAGUCAUUGGUUUAUUGUGGUACUGUGGAGUGUCAUCACUGCCCUCAAGCUUGCUAAGGAGAAGGGCGUUUCACAGCUGUGGAUUGAGACUGAUUGUACUCCAGUAAUGGAUUGUAUUUUGAAUAAACGGGUACAGAAAGGUGUUCCUUUUGCUCCUCUUGUUGAGUCCAUACUUGAGUUGAUGACAAAUUUUGACGGUUCGAGUUUACCGUUGUUAUCAUGAAGCAACCACAGUUGCUGACUGGUUGUCUAAAUAUGCGCAUAAUAUUGCAUUUGGUCUUCAUGUGCUUGAUGUUCCUCAGCAUGGUUGUGUAAAAUACUUAACUGAUGUCUCUGCUGGAGUUUAUAAACUCCGUACUGUACGUGUUAAUGACUCAUGAGGGACAUGUUCCUCUAGAGAGUGUGAAAAACUAAUAUGGCCAUUUAUAGAUGGUUAAGAUUAGUUUCUAAUCAAUUUUGAUUAUUCAUGUUAUAUGGCUGAUUAAUUCUUCUCACACUCUGACUUGUCCCUUAUAAAUAAUGUAUUUGUAUUCUAUA